GGUCGUCUGCGAAGCGGAUUAGUUCGAGAGACUUUUUUAGGUUUAGGGUUUCUGGCGUUCAAAGCGGCGCAGAGGUCUCUCCGUCGAUCUCUUGCACAAAGAGCCAGUGAAUUUUGACAUGUCGGAUCAAUCGGAGUUUCGUUGUUUCAUUGGAGGACUGUCAUGGUCUACUUCUGAUAAAGGGUUAAGGGAAGCAUUUGAGAAGUUUGGCCGCCUUACUGAAGCAAAGGUAGUUGUGGACAAGUUUUCAGGCCGAUCUCGUGGAUUUGGUUUCAUCACCUUUGAUGAUGAGAAGGCCAUGGAUGAUGCCAUUGAAGCAAUGAAUGGAAUUGAUCUUGAUGGGCGGUCGAUAACCGUUGACAAAGCACAGCCACAAGGCUCUGGUAGAGAUCGUGAUUAUGAUCGUGGACGCGAUCGUGACCGUGGGCGUGACUAUGGUGGUGGGCGUGGCUCUAACAGUGGAGGUGGAGACUGCUUCAAAUGUGGCAAGCCUGGGCACUUUGCUAGGGAGUGUCCAUCAAGUGAUGGGCCUAGAGGAGAUAGGUUUGGUGGCCGCGAUGACCGUUAUGGUGGCAGGGAUGAUAGGUAUGGUGGAGGUGGUGGAAACAGUCGUCAUGGCCCUGAUCGUAAUGGUGACCGAUAUGGAGGUCGUAAUAGGGAUGGGGGUGGCCGUGGUGGCUCAGGAAGUGAUCGGUACAAUCGAGAUAGGUCAGGUCCAUAUGAACGCCCAGGCGGCGGCGGCGGUGGUGGUGGCAGCGGCUACCGUUCAUAAUGAAUGGCUUCCUCUCAAGCUUUAAGCCAGGCUACAGUUUGGCCUUUGUGAUCUUUCUGGAUCCAUGCUUGGGUUGGGUUACUCACUUCACUUAAUAUUGCGUUCUUGGAUUUGGUUUCCUGCUCUUAUUUGGCAGCAACAACAAUGAUCCGCAAUGUUACACACACAGAAUGAUCUUUGUAUCAUUUCAUGGUUUCAAUAAUCUGAUUGAGGUGCUUUUAUCAUGCAUGUAUACAUUUCACAAGCAUGCUGCUGUUUUGUGCCAAGAGGUUUUCCAGAAUUGUUCUUUUGCACCAGUCACAUUUUUGGGUUCUCCUUUGCUAUUUUGCUCGAGUAAAUCUUCAUCAGUAGCAUGGAUAAAUAAUUCCCGUUUUUGAUGGGUGGGUGAGAUGGCUCUGUAAUGGCUCUCUAUGACUAACAAUCUGUGGCCUUCUUUCUGUUUUUGCGGGUUUUGAUCUUCCAGUGCUACCCAAUUUUGAUCUCAUUGUCUUCUUGUUGCCGUGCCCUGUUUACCUGCCUUCGUAGCUGUGAAUUCAUAAUCAAAGCAUUCUGGAAAUUAACAGUCA